AUGACAUCAGACAAAAGAGAAGUCUCUUCGGAUGAAGAGGACACUCCGCUUUCGCAAACUUCAAAAAGAAGAAAGGUUUCGCCUCUCCAGGAUAGCGAUGAUGACAUCAGCGAGUCAACUCCCGAGUCAGUUAGCAGCACGACGAGAAGUGUGAGUAGCACAAGUGCGGUUGAUGUCUCUAAUGAUGAAGAUGACAUUGCAUUGUCUCAAGUGUCGGAAAAUGUGAAGGCCAAGAGCAGUGGCGACGGCAAAGGCAAGGAGAAGAUUAAGAACAAGGGUAGAAUAGAGACUGGGAGUAGGAGCAAGAAAACAAAGGUGAAAUCCGAGUCUUCAGAGUCUUCCGAGUCCAACCAGAAGAAAGCAAGGUCUGGAAUCAAAAAGAUCAAACAAGAAGAGAACUCAAAGAAAGCCGGCGGCGUAAAGAAAUUGAAAAAAGAGGAGAAUGAAUCCGAAAGUACAAUCGAGGAAAAAAGGGAAGAAGAAGUUGAUAACAGUUAUAAAUGGUGGGAAGCCAAUAAUGAUGAUGACACAAUCAAAUGGCAUACGUUGAAACACAACGGAGUCAUCUUCCCCCCUGCUUACGAGCCUCUGCCAUCUCAUGUGAAAUUAUACUAUGGUAACCAGCCAGUUGAUUUGCCAGUGAAGGCGGAAGAGGUUGCAGGGUUUUUUGCAGCUCUUCUAGAAUCUGAUCAUGCAAAGAAUCCUGUUUUUCAAAAGAACUUCUUCGAGGAUUUCCUGCAAGUUCUCAAAGAGUGUGGAGGCCCGCUGAAUGGUGUUGAAGUUAAAUCAUUCGAUAAAUGUGAUUUCUCCAAGAUGUUUGCUUAUUUUGAACUGCAAAAGGAACAAAAAAAACAAUUGAGCUCGCUGGAAAAGAAGAGUUUGCGUUUUGAAAGGGAAAAACUUGAAGAGCCUUUCAAGUUUUGUGAACUAGAUGGCAGGAAAGAACAAGUUGGAAAUUUCAGGAUUGAACCUCCGGGAUUAUUUCGUGGACGUGGUGCUCAUCCAAAGACAGGUAAAUUAAAAAGAAGGGUUUACCCAGAGGAUGUUGUUUUAAAUCUUGAUCGAACUGCGGCUAUUCCACCAUUAUGCGAGGGACAAAAGUGGGGAGAAAUCAGGCAUGAUAAUACUGUACAAUGGCUGGCCAUGUGGAGGGAGAAUAUUUCCAACUCUUUCAAAUAUGUGAGAUUUGCCGCAAGCUCAUCUUUGAAUGGUCAGUCUGAUUUCAAAAAAUUUGAAAAGGCCAGGCAACUGAAAGAUUAUAUCGAUCCUAUCAGAGCAGACUAUAGAAAAAAUCUGAAAAAUAAGGUAAUGUUAGAGCGUCAGAAAGCUGUUGCCAUUUAUCUGAUAGAUGUUUUUGCACUCAGAGCAGGGGGAGAGAAAUCCGAGGACGAAGCAGAUACGGUUGGCUGUUGUUCUCUAAGAUACGAGCAUGUUACUUUAAAACCUCCUAAUACUGUCAUUUUUGACUUUUUAGGUAAAGAUUCCAUUAGAUUUUAUCAAGAGGUCGAGGUAGAUAAACAGGUUUUCAAAAAUUUAACAAUAUUUAAAAGACCUCCAAAGCAGCCAGGUCAUCAACUAUUUGAUCGUUUAGAUCCGAGCAUAUUAAACAAAUAUUUACAGAAUUAUAUGCCUGGCUUGACCGCUAAAGUCUUCCGUACUUACAAUGCAUCAAAAACAAUGCAGGAUCAAUUGGAUCUGAUACCCAAUGAGGGUACGGUUGCAGAAAAAAAUCUAAAGUAUAAUGCAGCAAAUAGAACAGUGGCGAUACUGUGUAACCAUCAAAGGUCGGUCACUAAGAAUCAUGCGCAAUCAGUGCAAAAAGCAAAUGAUAGGAUUCAAGAGCUGGAAUGGCAAAAGAUCAGAUUGAAAAGAGCAAUUUUAGAAUUAGAUAAAUCUCAACUGAAAAAAAGACAAAAAUUCUUUGAGGAAAUUGACGAUUUGACCAAAGAGGAUGAGGCAUCAAUUCAUAAACGUGUCAUUGAGAGAGAAAUAGAUAGAUGUCACAAAAAGUUUGCCCGUGAGAAUGAGAAAAGAAAAUCUGAAAACGAAGAGUUGCUCACAGAAUCUGAUCUGGAAGAAUGGCUUGCAAAAGUGGAAGAUAAGAGGAAGCUGUUCGAAAAGGAGCUGAAAACUAAUGAAAUAGAUAUUAAUAAUGCCACUAUAGAAAAACUGGAAAAACAAAUAGAAAAAUUAGAGCAGAGAAUCGAAGUUAGCUGUAUUCAAUUGAAAGAUAAAGAAGAGAAUUCUCAAGUUUCUUUGGGUACGUCAAAAAUCAACUACAUCGAUCCUAGACUAUCUGUUGUAUUCUGCAAAAAGUACGGAGUUCCCAUAGAGAAAAUCUUUACGAAAUCACUGAGAGAAAAAUUUAAAUGGGCUAUAGAGUCUGUUGACGAAAACUGGAGAUUUUAG